AUGGCCUUCUCCGCCAAAAAUAAGAUGGGAUUCGUGGAUGGCACCAUAUGCAAACCAGCCACCACUGAUCCUACAUACGAAGCCUGGGUUCGUGUGAACAACAUGGUCCUUUCAUGGCUCCUUAAUUCCAUUCAUUGCGACCUCGCUGCCUCGGUUCUAUACGCCGACUCGGCUGUUGCAGUAUGGAAGGAUCUUCAUGAUAGAUUUUCCCCUUCCAACAGCCCGCGGAUCUUUGAGCUAGAACGCACCAUUGCUACAUUACAGCAAAAUAAUGAUUCGGUUGCCAAAUACUUCAAUGCUUUGAAGGGUUGUUGGGAUGAACUAGCAACUUAUAAUCCCCUUCCCUCAUGCACCUGUGGAGAAUACCGUACCUUUGCCACUCAUUCUCAGAAAUGCCAACUCAUGCAAUUUUUAACGGGGUUGAAUGAGGCCUAUGCGCCAAUACGCAGCCAGAUCCUCCUUUAA